AUGGAAUGCGAGGAUACUUUAAUGACCUCAGAUAACCGUGAACGUUCAUCACGUUUCUUCAAAGCACCACGAAUUGGUUCACGUCGAAUACGUAAUAGAUUAGUACAAAAAGGUGGCAUAUGCAAUAUAUCACUUGUUAAUGUACCCAAACAACGGCGGAAAUAUUUCAGAUAUCCAACAAGUGAGUGCCCAUUAAUUAUUAUAACAAUGUGCCUUCAAUUUAUGGUUGGUGUUAUGUGCCAUACAUUGAUGACUGGUGUAAUAUUUGCUAAAUUAGCAAGGCCUAUCAAACGAGCUGCAACUAUUAUAUUCAGCAAAAAUGCGGUAAUCUGCAUGAGAGAUGGUAAAUUGUGCCUACUUUUUCGGGUUGGUGACAUGAGGAAAAGCUCAUUAGCUGAAGCUCAUGUUCGUUUACAGAUGAUCAAGAAAUGUAUAACUUAUGAGGGAGAGUUGUUACCUUUUCAUCAAUUUGAUAUGGAUGUUGGUUACGAUACGGGCUUGGAUCGUGUAUUUGUCAUUUGGCCAAUAACAGUUUGCCAUGAAAUUGAUGAAAAUAGUCCGCUGUAUGAGGUAAGCAAAGAAAGCUUGCGUACAGCUCGAUUUGAAAUUAUUGCUAUUCUCGAAGGUGUUGUCGAAUCAGUUGGUUCAACAACGCAAGCACGAACAUCAUAUUUACCAAAUGAAAUUUUAUGGGGCAAACGCUUUGAGAAGCUUGUAACAUAUCAACGUGAUAAUGGCGAAUACAGGAUUGAUUUUGAAAAAUUUCAUAAUGUUUACGAUGUUGAUACUCCACCGUGUUCGGCGAAAGAACUUGAUAAAAUGCGAGAUCUUGGUUUAAAACCAGAAAAUGCUUAUCAAAUAGCACCUGAUUUAACUGACAAUUCGGCUGGAUGUUCACCUAUCAUUGCAAUCCAUCCGAAAGGUUCCAGUCCACGAUUAUCAGUUUUAUUGAGUGAAGGUGAUAAUGGUACUUUACGUCAUCCUGAUAAAGUUGAAACGGAUGAUGAAGAUAAUGACCAAACAAUUCAUGUAGAUAUUGGCCUACAACAUAAGCGAUCACUAUUGAUGCACGCUCAAAGUCCGGAUAUUUUAGCACGUCAUAAGCAAUCAAUAAGGCGAGGUCCUGACCUUUUUUAA